AUGCCAGCCCCACCUCCCCCACCACCCCCUGGGCCUCCCCCUCCUCCCACCUUCGCUGAAGCCAACACACAGAAACCAAAUCUGAAUCGAUCACAGCAGCAGGGACGGAACGCUCUGCUGACCGACAUCUCUAAAGGAGCCAGAUUAAAGAAAACUGUUACCAAUGACCGCAGUGGACCAUUACUGGACCAACCCAAAGGAGGAGGAGGAGGAGGAGGCGGCAGAGGGGGAGGUGGAGGUGGAGGCGGUGGAGGAGGCGGAGGAGGCGGAGGAGGCGGAGGAGGAGGUGGUGCGCCUAGUUUAGGAGGUCUGUUUGCAGGAGGGAUGCCAAAACUGAGGUCUGCUGGAAACAGAGAUACCAAUGACUCCGCACCCAGCCGAGGACCUGUGCUCCCCCCAGGAGGCCGCUCCAGUGGCCCCACCCCCUUUGGUGGACCACCUAAACUCCCAGGAGCCCCUGGCGGUGUCCGUAGCAGCGUCCCUGACCUUCCCAAGGGACGCCCGAACUUCUUAUCCAGACAAGACACUCCAGGAGGGCCCCCUCCCCCUGUACCCAACACACCUCGACCAACCCAGUCCUUCCAGACUCGUGGGGGACCGUCUCCACCAUCGCUCCCUGGAGGACCAAGACCCAGCCCGGCCUCUGUGCCUCAACCUCCCAGUGUUCCCCCAGGGAGACACGGACAUCUGCCUCCCCCACCGGGAGGCUCCUCAUCUGGUUCAAGACCGGUCUUCUCUGCACCUCCUCCACCCCCAAACAGCAGCCGACCCCCCAUGCCCCCGGCUCCUGGAGGGAGACCCCCGCUUCCCGACGACCGGCCCCCGCCACCACCAGCACCAAUUGGAGGUCAUCGGCCAUCUAUGCCCCGCGACAUGCCCCCUCCUCCCCCCUCUGUCAACUCCAAACCUUCCUCCUCUGUCUCCAACUCCUCCUCUCCUCGCUCCUCACCCGGCGGGCCUCCUCUCCCACCGGGGCGACCGGGCCCUCCGCCUCUCCCACCCACCCCAGCUGGAGGGGACGACCACAGCACACCUCGUCUACCCCAGAGGAACACCUCACUCAACAGCCACGGUCCAGCUCCGCCUCAUAGCCGGACAGGGCCUCUCCCUCCCCCGCCCAACGAGAGACCGCCAUCUCUUGGGAGGAACCAAUCCUCAGUACGCUCAGGGCCUCUUCCUCCCCCUCCUCCCUCAAGUCGUAGCAUGGGUGGGGGCAGUGUGAGGUCAUCGCUUUCUCCCUCUCCGAUUGGCCGGCCAGGCCCGGAUCCCCCUCGCGGUGGACCUGGCGGUAGACCCCCCCUCCCUCCAGACAGGCCCGGGGUGGGAGGAGCCCCUCCACCUCCUCCGUCACCCAUGGGCAACGGCUUCCAGAACUCUCACCACAACCAGAUACAGGAUGAGUGGGAGUGUCGCUUCACCUUCCAUCCGGUGUCAGACCUUCCUCCACCUGAGCCCUACGUGCCCUUCCAGAAGACCUACCCCAGCAAGAUUGGCAAGACUGACGGCAGAGGUUCUGGUAAAAAGGAGAGAGGAGCUCCUCCUCUUCCUCCGAUACCCAGGUGAAGAGGAGGCAGUAGCCAAGACAACACCUGGAACUAUUCUCCCUGUUUCCCUCCUCUUCUCUGUUGCUCUCAAUUUGCUUUCAACGACAGCGUUUGUUAUUUGUGGUGACUACAACGUGUGAAAUACAGUCGACCAAGUAAAAGGACAAACUCACAAAAAAAAACAAAAAAACAUUGAGUUUACAUCACGUGCCUUUGAAAGACCAAAGCCCGUUUCUCCGCACUGUGUUCAGAUCAAAUGUAAAAUAGACUCGUACCUUUUUGGGUACCAGAAGAAAAAUAUGAUUUUUUUAUGUUUUACAACCACGUUGUGAGUGGAAGAUGCUUUGUUGAUGUGGCUGCUGUGAAACAUAAAGUACUCAAGAGAAGUUGUAUUUUUCAUAAACUUUGACUCUUUUAUUUACACUAGAGUCCAUACAUUGCCUGCUUAUUAUAUUUUAUCAACAAGCUGCACUUUCAGAAAAGAAUACAAACUCUCUUGUCAGAUAAAGCAGCAUUUGACAGGUUGUACAUGUGCCUUCCCCAAACCUGUUUACAUAUUCCCGACAGCAUUCCGUAAAAUGUAAAUCAACACGUGAUGGCGUCCCGGCAUCGCAGUGGUUAGCUCUGUCACCUCACAUGUCUUUCUGUGUAGAGUUUGCAUGUUCUCUCCGUGUUUACGAGCUCUAGCUUCCUCCCAGAGUCGUAAAAACAUACAUCUUGGAUUUGGUUAAUUAGAGACUCUAAAUUGACCUCAGGUGUGAAUGUGUGAUACCCCGCCUCUCGCCCAAUGUUUCGCUCCAGCUCCCCCCACGACCCUCAAAGGAUAAGAAGUAUGGAUGAAUCAUAAAUAUAUGAAUAACUCAUUAUUUAAUGAUAAUAUUAAAAACAUUGAAAUCCCAGGGUCGUCAUGCAGCAGUGCAGAACUGAGAGUGCAACCAGUCGCUUUCUUUAAGUCUUUCAAUAAGCUGUUUCUCUCAUUGUGUUGUGCCUUUUUCUGUUCAGGUUUGUUCUUGGAGGCUGCUUAAACAGUUAAGGGAAAAAGCCUUUUGUGCCUUAAAUAAUGUAAAUACAAGUUUGCUCUCCGGGGUUUGAUAACCUCUGCUGAUGUAAAACAGAAGCAAUACAGCAGCAUCAUUCAUAGGUUUUCAAAGUGGGGGCUGAGUGACUAGAAUAUUAGACCUUUGUUAGUUAUUACAUUAGUCUUCAAAAGGAGAUCGGGUAGAAGAACCUAAGUGUGUGUUAUUUAGUGAAAGAGAGAGUGAAGAGAUACAAUGAUUGGGGGAGAUUUUCUUGUUUCCCACUUUCUCAGUCAGAAGCCAGUAAAUGCCUUAAGAUCGACUGUUCUAAUGUGUUUGAUUUAAUCUGAAGUUACAUCAAACCUCAGUAUUAUGCUACAUUUGCUCAACUGAGUGUCUAUAUGCUUAAAUAACAUGAUCAUAAUCACAGAGGCAUCCAGAAAUUUCGCAAAGUGAACUAAAGUGAGUUUGUGCCUUUUGUUGAGCUGAGGAGACGUCCACGGUCUCAGACUUUGAAAACCCCUGAUCCACAAUAUUAAGCAAAGUGUCUUGAUUCCAACAUCAAUACUUAAACCUGAAACCAAACUAGAAAUGGCUACAGCUUCUUUGCCACUGCUGCAUAAAACGAUCAGGGGGAAAUGUGCACGUUUGAUUUGCCAAAGCCACGUGUGCCUUCACAUUGUAUAUUCACAUGUACGUGUUUCUGUUGGAACCACUGAACGGUACUUUUCAUUUGUCACGUGUGACAUGAGCAUGCAUGUGAUGUGUGUGAUUGAGAUGCUUUAAAGGACAUGGUGUGAGUUAAUGGCAGCAUUGGUUUACAGUUGAUCUGAUUUAUUAUGUUUUGCUGUUUUGGUUAAAAGUUACCCUGACUUGCAGUGAUGGAGUCAUGUCUGUACCUGUAUGAUUUAAUCCAGUGGUAUUGAAGGACUAUAUUAUUUUAAGUUAUGUCUAAGAACUGUGCAGUAUUACGUUUGCUUCACCCAGCACUGCUUUGAAUGGUCUUUUGUAUACAUGAUGUAUUAUUAUCAUGUGCUGGACAAAGAAACAUUUACUUUAAGACAAUCACAAACAAAUAAAACCUAUUUACAUAAACAAAUGUAAUGCUUUAGGAUGCUUUAUGUGCUUUACUUGACCUGAAAUGUGCUUUUAUUCAAGUAUAGGUUGUAAAUCAUUUGUGUAUAAACAAGGAAGGAUCCAGAUGUAGUGACUGGUUUUGUAUUAUCAGAUGAGUGGUAUGCAUCAUUUAUAUAUUUGUGCAAUAAAAUUGGGUAAUA